GCCCGGGCAUGAAUGGUGCGUCAGCCUCGACAUAAACGCCGGCAUCCCGGCAUGUCUCGCUCUUUUGGGUAAAAAAGUUGUUGCCUAGCAACGAGAGCACCGCCGCCCCCUAGCAAAAUUACUCUCUUUGGAAGGGACCACCGAACUCGCAUUCCUCUGCACACGGGACUCACCCUACCCAAGUAGCACCACAAAACCAAGCAUCGCACCGUCAACCGCCCACAAGUUGAUUUUCGGGGCGAACGGCGGCCUCAUGCGCGCGUGCCACUCGAAUCUUUGGCUCGCCACUGAGCCACUCGAGCUCUGGCUAACAUGGCCAAACAGUCAAAAUUUCCUUUCUUGAGGGAAGAGCAAUCGAAGCAAUCGAGGAGCAAUCGAGGACGUCCGCGCCAGAAAGCUAUAAAGGGGGGCGGGCGGGGGCGGUUUCUGCACAUCCACCGCCCCCAACUAACCUUCCAGCAUCUAUCCCGCCCGCCGGACCCGCAGAACGCCUACUAUGCCUCUGAUGUCGACCCGUAUGGUAUAUGACCAUGAGGAAGAGAUCCCCCAAUUUGUCAAUGCUCGCUGCCAGGUCUGCGGCAAGCUCGUGGAGACGAAGCGCGCGCAAAAGAGCCACUUGCGCACUGCACACCUCAAUCAGGAGAUCUGGUCUAAUGUUGUCAGGACUCGUCCGUUUGCAUGCCCUUUCUGCCCCUACCGGGCACCACAGAAAAUCACGGUGGAGACGCACAUCUGCGCGAUACAUCUUCGCACGAAGCCGAAGGUUUGUAAGACAUGUGGCGAUGCCUUCGCGGACCCUGCCGGCUUGUCGCGCCACAAGAAGAAACACGGCAGGACCGCUGUGAAGAGCACCAACGACGAGGACGACGAUUGGGAGCAACCGCAGGCGCCGCAAAAGGUGCAGCGCGACUCGGUCCGCGGAGGCAGCCGUGCGACGCGGUCGACGAAGCGUUACACGCCGUACACCAAGCAGGCCGUCAACAAGGCGAAGGCAACGAAGAAGGCGACCCCGUCCGAGAACUUCGCGGCAGAGUCUCCGCGUCCCCUCUCCCCCACCUACGAGGCGCAGCCCAUCCAGCAGAAGGAUGUGUACUACGAGGUGCAUCCCUCACAACGCCAGCAGAACCGGUACUACAACGCGCCCGCGACCCCGUACAACCCGCCUGCGACCUCGUACUCCCCACCCGCGACCUCCGAGAUCUAUCCGCCUGUGCCACCGCCUACUUACGACGCGUUUGCGCCGUCGUACACACAGCAAGCACCCGUAUACCCGCCCGCUGCGUACUACAACACCAACUACGCGCCUGAUGCGCCGAAUACGAUCUACGCGUCCACUUUGAGCUUCAACCAGGUUUCCUCUUCGAGCCAGGCGUCGUCAUCGGGCUCUUGUCUCGCCUCUGCGUCCGAGUCGAGCUCCCUUUACAUUGCGGAAGACCCCACUAUCCCGCAGCUCCGCGCCUCGGACAUCCAGUUCGCAGGCUUCUCGUUCUCUGCGGGCCGCAACGACCAGCCGAUUGCCUACAACGUGCUCCCUGCUGCGCAGGCCGACGCGUUCUCCGCUGCUGCCGAGCUCGAGGUCAAUGCCUCUUGGUACUAUGCCGAGGAUUCCUCGCUGUACAACGCCCAGGAGUCCUCUCCAUACAACAACCAGGAGCUCUCCCCCUACAACAUCUCCUCUCCCCCCGAGAACCUCACCUUCGACGCCGUCGCCUCGUCUCCUGAGGACUAUGGGUUCCCCGCAACCCCUACCACGCCCGCGGCUCUCGAGCAAGCGCAGCAGCAGGCCCUCAACCCAGCGCAGCAGCAGGCCCUCGACCUAGCGCAGCAGCAGUCCUCCCUCGACGUCGCGCAGACGAAGUCAUCACCAGAGCCGAUGAUCGAUUUCUCGCGGGGGUCGAUGCUCGACGUGUCCUUUACCUCGUCGAAUGAUCCCUUCCUCGAUACCUAUAACGGGCCCUUCGUCGAGUCCUAUAACGGGCCCUUCGUCGAGUCCUCCAACGACCCCCUCUUCGACCUCCCGAACGACCCAUACAUCGACUUCUCGCAGUUCGACCUGGACUUCUCGAAGAUCGGUGGCCUCGACCUUACCUUCGGCGGCUCUGUCCCGCAGCCCGACACGCACGUCACCAAGGAAGAACUCAGGAUUUUUGACGAGCUGUUUGUCGCGGGGGGCGAUGUCGUAGGCCGCGCGCGCAAUCCAACCACUCUCGACUUGUUCAGCAAUGGACGGCUGUAUCCUCAUCUACUCAUCGAGUGUCUCACUCACCGGAAGCCUGUAUCCCUAUGCAUCAUCCUCAUCUCAUCACUGACUGUAUCCCCCAUCUACUCACUGACUGUAUUCUCAUGCUCAUCUCACGGACCAUACCUUCACCUUACUCUACCCUUUUUCCGACUCCGGUCGACCUGCAUCCGAUAAUGCCUGUUCGAAGGCACUUGGUUACCUAUCUUUAUCUCUAUUUCUAUCUGGGAUUCGUGUUGUUCACAUCUGUUACCGCUACUUGUAUCCAGCCUACCCAACCCACAAUGUACGAAUACGUACUGUAGCUCACUCAAUGCGAAGCAAUAGCUUGCUGGGAACUCGUUCCGAGAGACGUUGUGAGAUCAAUGGCACGCGAAGCAAGUCAAGAAGGGCAUCGACCCAAAGCAAACAAGGACAGGGAAGCAAUCGACAGCAUCCAUAUUAUACUAGUACAGUGUUAGUACAUCCCCCGGUCCGUACCCUCAGAACGCGUCGCCGAAUAGACGUUUUCUGUCAACCUCGUCAGCCUUCAAUAACCCUCCGCAUCAGUUAUGAACGCUCACAAAGCCUCCGGCGCAACUGUCAGAACCGUACUUCCGCCCACCAUCUCCCUCGCCCACACAUCCCGCAAGA